GUCAAGGGCAGGUCUCACAGCGAACUCACACAACGUCUCCAAAGUGUCCAACAAAAUCACUAGUACUGCUGCGGACAAGCAUUGCUAUACCUUCUGAUACCAUACUCUGACCAAUUUACCCGGCUGAUUUGCUAUAUCCAUCAUAUCCCGCUUUCUUACUUUCUUAUCAUCUUCUUGGUUUUACUUUCUAUACCCGAGAGCUUUCAACUACCCGGAGCGUAAACAAUCACGAUGCCAUUCAUGGAGACGCUUCAAAACGGCCUCGACCGCGUGUUACCAAGGAGGACAAAGUCGAGCGCAGUACCACCAGUGGGCAUAGGAAAUGGGCGUGGUAUGGUCAAUUAUGAGGACGACAUGAUUAUAAGCAAGCCUGCCAUCAUAUUCCACAUAUCUCAGAUAUUCUUCAACUUCCUCGCCAUGGCUUGUUUUGCCAGCGUCGCCAGCUUCCAGGCAACGUGGAAAAUCGGGCCUUCGGGCCUCUCGGGCUUCGCGAUCUUUGUAAGCGUCUCAGGAAUAUUCCUAGCACUCUUCCUCCUCUUCGUACCCGUCGUGUACGAGAAAUACGACAAAUUCACGCGUCUUGCCCGUGCCCUCAAAGAAGUACGCGUCGGCUUCAUCCUCGUUGGCAGCGGAUGUAUCUUCAGCCUGCUUAUCGCAUUUGUCACGACUAUCUCAGCGUGGACAGAGGCUGGGUGCAAAAACGCGGACAAUGACCCUCAUGCAAGUCUCGGCGAUUCGUUUAAGAGCGCCCUUCCUGGCUGGUGCAGUACGAAGAAAGCAGGCGCCAUCUUCUUUUGGCUGGCGUUUGGCUUCUGGCUCGCCUCCCUCGUCUUGCUUUUCAUCGAUUGGCGCUCAGGAAACCUUACAACACCACCACGCGACCUCCCAUUCACACGUCCCGGUGCAGAUAUCGAGGAGGGCGAAGAAGAAGAAGAGGAGGAGGAAGGUGGUCAUACAUACCAGCCCGUCGCUACCAAUACCGCACCCACAUACCCCCGUCAGUCGACAUACGACAACUCCAAUGCAGCAGCAUCACCAUUCGCCGACUCCAACCGACUUUCAACCGCACCAACCAAUGCCAGCACCACCUACCUCUCGACCGCUCCACCCUCCACCAACCGUUUCUCCGUCGCAGACUCAAGCGCCAAUCGCACAUCAGCAUAUUCCACUGCGCCUACCACCACCACCGCUCCCACGACGAGCACGAGCAGUUACCCUGCUUCAAGACCUAGCAUGGACGCGUAUGGCGCGUUCUCGGACCCAGCCCCGAGUGGGUUUGGUGGUGUAUCGACGUCGUACGCACCGCCUCCGUCAGACCCUGGGGCGCCGCGAGUGAGUAGGACGAUGCAGUAUGCGGACCCAUAUUCUGCUGUGCGUGCGUCGCUGGCGACGAGUGCAGCACCAACGGCUUAUGAGGCGCCGUACACUGGGUACCGAUAGUUUUUUGGGGUAAGAUGAGCUGAGAUUUGUGUUAUGGACUAGUAAUAGUAUCGUCGAUGUUUGCGGAUAUUCCGCUUGAUCUCCUCGUUAGCGCUUAUAAUUUACGCUCCGUGAUGGCACUGGAAUAUGUAUUAUCCA